AUGUUGCCUUCUUGCCCACAGGUGAUGCAGGUUCUGAAUGCUGAUGCCAUUGUUGUGAAGCUGAACUCCGGAGCCUAUAAGACCAUCCAUCUGUCCAGCAUCCGACCACCGAGGCUGGAGGGGGAGAACACACAGGAUAAAAAUAAGAAGCUACGUCCCCUGUAUGACAUUCCCUAUAUGUUUGAGGCUCGGGAAUUUCUUCGAAAAAAGCUUAUUGGGAAGAAGGUCAAUGUGACGGUGGACUACAUUAGACCAGCCAGCCCAGCCACUGAGACUGUGCCUGCCUUUUCAGAGCGUACCUGUGCUACUGUUACCAUUGGAGGAAUAAACAUCGCAGAGGCUCUUGUCAGUAAAGGUCUAGCCACAGUGAUCAGAUACCGGCAGGAUGAUGACCAGAGGUCCUCACACUAUGAUGAGCUGCUUGCUGCAGAGGCCAGAGCUAUUAAGAACGGCAAAGGAUUGCAUAGCAAGAAGGAAGUGCCUAUCCACCGUGUGGCGGACAUAUCUGGGGAUACCCAAAAAGCAAAGCAAUUCCUGCCCUUUCUUCAGCGGGCGGGUCGUUCUGAAGCUGUGGUGGAAUACGUCUUCAGUGGUUCUCGUCUCAAACUCUAUUUGCCAAAGGAAACUUGCCUUAUCACCUUCUUGCUUGCAGGCAUCGAAUGCCCCAGAGGGGCCCGAAACCUCCCAGGCUUGGUGCAGGAAGGAGAGCCCUUCAGCGAGGAAGCCACGCUUUUCACCAAAGAACUGGUUCUGCAACGAGAGGUGGAGGUGGAGGUGGAGAGCAUGGACAAGGCUGGCAACUUCAUCGGCUGGCUGCACAUCGACGGCACCAACCUGUCCGUCCUGCUGGUGGAACACGCGCUCUCCAAGGUUCACUUCACUGCUGAGCGCAGCUCCUACUACAAAUCCCUGCUGUCUGCUGAGGAGGCCGCCAAGCAGAAGAAAGAGAAGGUCUGGACCCACUAUGAGGAACAGCCCGUGGAGGAGGUGACGCCUGUGCUGGAGGAGAAGGAGCGAUCAGCCAGCUACAAGCCAGUGUUUGUAACCGAGAUCACUGACGACCUGCACUUCUACGUGCAGGAUGUGGAGACCGGCACCCAGCUAGAGAAGCUGAUGGAGAACAUGCGCAAUGACAUCGCCAGCCACCCCCCUGUAGAGGGCUCCUACGCCCCCCGCCGGGGAGAGUUCUGCAUUGCCAAAUUUGUAGACGGAGAGUGGUACCGCGCCCGAGUAGAGAAAGUUGAGUCUCCUGCCAAAGUACACGUCUUCUACAUUGACUACGGCAAUAGAGAGAUCCUGCCGUCCACCCGCCUGGGCACCCUGCCACCUGCCUUCAGCACUCGCGUGCUGCCAGCUCAAGCCACAGAGUAUGCCUUCGCCUUCAUCCAGGUGCCCCAAGAUGAGGAUGCUCGCACAGACGCCGUGGACAGCGUGGUUCGGGACAUCCAGAACACUCAGUGCCUGCUAAACGUGGAACACCUGAGCGCCGGCUGCCCCCACGUCACCCUGCAGUUUGCUGAUUCCAAGGGCGACGUGGGGCUGGGCUUGGUGAAGGAGGGGCUGGUCAUGGUGGAGGUGCGCAAGGAGAAACAGUUCCAGAAAGUGAUCACAGAAUACCUGAACGCCCAGGAGUCAGCCAAGAGCGCCAGGCUGAACCUGUGGCGCUAUGGAGACUUCCGAGCUGAUGAUGCAGAUGAGUUUGGCUACGGCCGCUAAGGAGGAGUGGGGUCCGGCCCCAGCACUGCCCACACCAGCACCUUCUCCUCUGCCCGAGGAUGUUUUCAACUCCAGAUCCCAAAGAGGGGUGUAGACUGGGUCCAGCUUUGCUUCAGUGUAUGGAAAUGUCAUGUAGGGUGGCGUCAGGGCUGGGGGUGGGCUGGGGGGACCCCAAGGAUUUCUGGGAGCAGGCCGUUGUCCUUUGAGAUGACAGCCACUGCUGUCCACAGUCUCUUGGAACUGAUUUUAUAUUUUUAUUUGGGGGGUGGUGGUUUUUUUUAAAAAAUCGUCCUCAAAUCAGGAAGAAACAUGAAAGACUUUGUCCUAGUAGAGGGAGUAAUCCUAACACCCGAGGCCAGCUGGCACCUGCCUCUGCUAGACCGCCCUUCUGCCCCAGCUUUCUGUCCAGCUGUUGAUUAUGUGAUUUCUCUGAUACGUCCACUCUCAGAUGCCAGCGUGUCCACAUCCGCCCGCUUGCCAGCCCGUUCUGUAUUUAAAGCUUUCAAGGCCCAAUAAAAUAGUACAUGCUAUCUGCA